UUUAUUGGAGAAUAAAUUUCAAUCGUUUUAGGAACGUUUACCGAAUAGCACCUACAUAUAUAAGCGCCACUUGCAACUUGCAACAUUUGCUUCCGUCACUUAAUGCUGCUUAAUGCAUUCUUCCGUCGCUUUUGAGUUUCUUAUCUAGCUGUUCUACCCGGUCGAUGAGUAAUGAUCAUUUACUCGCUCUCGCUACAUACCCAUCCGUCUUUCGGUGUCAUGUAUUCGCCCGACAAAAUUCUAUGUCGCGUGCUUGAAUCGUGGAAUUUCAUGUAAGUUACUGGUGUUUUAUGUCAGCGUUAAAAAGGACCCCAUAGAAAUGGUGAAUAUAGACACAAUUCAAAAGAAUUAUCCGCUGCACUGGCUCGUAUGGAAUAACAACUAUGUAGAACUAGAAGUGGAGCUGUCUUCGAAACUGCAUGAUAUAGAAAAGCCUGAUAACAGGGGAAGGACAGCAUUGAUGUUAGCUGUUACUUUGGGACAUACUGAAUGUGUUGGAGUAUUAUUGCACCAUGAAGCUAAUGUUAACACAGAAAAUAGAGAAGGAUGGACUGUGGUUCAAGAAGCAGUUGGAACAGGAAAUCCUGCGCUACUGCAGAUGGUGCUAGCACGUAGGGAUUAUCAAAGAUAUUGCAAUCGAGUAGCUGGUAUCCCAGAACUACUUCACAAACUUAAACAAGCUCCUGAUUUUUAUGUAGAAAUGAAAUGGGAAUUCACUAGUUGGGUUCCCCUUGCCUCUAGAAUGUGUCCUAGUGAUACUUACAAAGUAUACAAACAGGGCAGCAAUGUAAGGAUUGAUACAACAUUACUGGGAUUCGAUCACGUGAACUGGCAACGCGGAAAUCGUAGUUAUGUUUUCAAAGGACAAACUGCAUCAAAUGUACCUGUGGCAAUUAGAUGUGAACGGAGUUAUGUGUUCAGUAUGGUGGGACAGGAGUCAGAUGAUGGAGCAACAAUGAUGGAAGUAGAUCAUGAAACGAGGAAGGUGUACGUUGAACACAUGAAAUUAAUCGAUGUUGAUAAUAUACAACUAAUGGAACCCUCUGAUGAAUGUGUAUUAGCUCGCCUUACAAAUCCUAUAGUUACUACGUACAUAGAUACGGAUAAAAUCAGUUUCGAACGGAAUAAGGCUGGCUUAUGGGGAUGGCGAUCGGAUAAAACCGAAAUGAUAAAUGGUCAUGACUGUAAGGUUUUUAGCGCUAGUAACGUAGAGUUAAUAACCAAGACACGAUUAGAGCAUUUAUCAGAACCGGAUAAAGUAAGGGCUCGCGCUCCUCGUACGCCCUUGCAAUCUUUUCUUGGCAUUGCGGAACAGCAAGAGAAUUGUCUUAAUGCAACUACUAGUGAAGAAUAUAACAAUGUUGGAAAUCCAUCUAACAUUACAGCUGAGGAAUAUUUUGAUCCGGAUGUUGAUCUAAAUGGAAGGGAUAUAGGCAGACCAAAGGAAGUUAAUACUAAAAUUCAAAAAUUCAAGGCAACUUUAUGGCUUAGCGAAGAAUAUCCACUUAGUCUUCAAGAACAAAUUAUGCCAAUUGUCGACCUAAUGGCAAUAUCUAGUUCACAUUUCGCUAAAUUAAAGGAUUUUAUUCAGAUGCAAUUGCCAGCUGGAUUUCCUGUUAAAAUUGAAAUUCCUCUGUUUCACAUACUAAACGCAAGAAUUACGUUUGGAAAUAUUUUUGGUAUGGAUCAGGAAGUACCUCAUGUAGGUCAUUUACAAGAAACUAAUACCAUGACGUGUUUAGUUGAUGACACCUGUUUUGAGGCUCCAACGGGAUAUGUAAAACUAGGUGCUGAAGUUCGAACGCAAUUCAGUAUUGAAGAGGAAGAUGAUUUGUUACAAUUCGCUAUACAACAAAGUUUAUUGGAAGCUGGAAGUGAACGCGACGAGGUUGACAUAUGGGAAGCUUUGAGAGCCCAGAAACCAUCCCGACCAACAACGCCGAACAUGACCGCGGAAGAGGAAAGGCAGCUUCAAAGAGCUAUUCAGGCAAGCCUGACGCUGUAUCAGGAGAAUGCUGCUUCAUGUACGAGCGCUCGGAAUAACUCGAACAGGAACAGCGAUACGGAAGAUUCUGAUGCGCUUGAAGAUACGGCAGAACAAUUGAGAAUAGCGUUGAGACUGUCCGAGCAACAACAACUUGAGGAAGAACAACGCCGGUUGUUGGAAGAAGAAACGUUCCGGCAAGUGUUGGAACUGUCCCUUACAGACAAAUGAACUAAACGAUGUGCAAUAGUCUUUAAUGAAAUUCGAUCAAGUUGUACUUCCACGACCACGAGAAAUCUUCCGGCCGCGCAAUGUCGAGACUGUCGAAUAUGAAACAUUUCCUACGUCUCGUAGUGUGCAUCAUUCGACAGUGGUUCUUGUUACAGAAAGCAGGUUGCACCCUCAACUGCAAAGUAACUAGACACAUAGUAUCUCCUUUUUGGUUGAGGGAAGUCGAAAAUCGUUCUUCUGAUAAGAACCACUUUUGGACGUUGUGCAUUGAGAUAUAAAACUGUUGCAUGCAGCAGGUAUUUGUUACAGCGGGAAAUAGUAGUACAGCAUACAGAUCAAACGGUGAAGAUCGUAUACAAUAUUAACUAUGAAAGUAAAUAAUUUAACUUAUGUUAUUUAUUUCUUAGCUACAUUUUAUAUGAAAGGAAAACUUUAGUAGUAUACGAGGAUCAUGGUACGUAACGAUAAGAAGUCUUGAAAAUUACAAUCACUCUGGCGGAAUAUGUCGGAACAUUUUUCUUCGAGUCUAAGAUUAUAUUUGACCCAUUAUCAAUUGAAUAAAAAUUCAUCUUGUUGAAAGUGCGUGCUGUAAGUUGCGACUGUCAAUACUUAAAAUAAAAAGCUUGUAAUUCUCAAGCCUUCAACAGUUA